AGACAGCAGCAGCAACCACAGAGUGCGCUCACACGGAAGCACCGUCAGCCAGCAUCUCACCUGAUAAACAAACACUCGGCUAGAGAAAGAAGGUGCUACAUUGAUAUUUGAGCUUGCCACUGCACAAAAGGAAACCCAGGAACGGCUACAAGCAGCUAUGCGGCCACGAUCCACAGUGCUCUCCAAGGGAGGAUUGCUCCUGCCCACAAUCACCGAGGGCACCGAGGAGACAUUGAAAGAUCUCAACGAGGCCAACACUCAACAUGUUGCUGAUCACGUUUCCUCGGACGACUACCUUCUUUCUAUCUGCCACCUAGCACACCCUACAUUCCCUACUGGCAACGUUACACCUGACACACAGCAAUUGAACAGUGUGCGACCAAGAAUUCGCGUGUCACGUCUUAACCACAGACAAAAAGCCCACGACUGGGGUGUGCAGAAGGUUGAGAACAAUGAAGUGUUAGGCUGCUCUGAUCCCCUGGAGUAUCUUUAUGGACGUCACAACGACAUUUCCACUGGUCAGUCAAAAUCCAGGGCGUACCCACAGCAAAGCAAUCAAAGGCAAAUUGAGAGUGAGCGGGAGAAGCCAUCUCGCUCAAGAGCAUACAGCAUCCCCCACACUGCAAGUCCCGGUCUCCCACGGCAACGCAAGAGCAGCUGCCCUGAUAUACACACCAACACGACCAUUCCGAGCGUAUCCGCAAAACACAACAGGCCCACGCUGACAGCCGAGAUGGGAAAAGUGUCAGACAACAAAGUGGAAGGGGAGGAGGGAAACCCAAACAAGAGGCACUCUCUGGUAUCGCAGUGGAUCUCUGACUGCAGGUCAGCUUGGAGGGAAGGACGAAUGCGAGCCUGCAUGCUCCCUGCCAUCACUGAGAUAUAGAAUCGUUAGUCAAAAAACACCAGUAACACAUUAAUUUAAGCCAUGUUUCCACCAAGCGGUAAACAGUGCAAUUUAGCUCAGAACAAUACAAAAUGACAUGGUAUACUUCGGGUAUAAGUCUCAACCGUGACAUCAUCAUCUAAUUUUUAUAUUUAUACACAGUGAAACUUCUUCAUACGAGCACCACUGUGCGAGCAAAUGUUCAUGUGCUGUCUCGGCGUCCCGCGAGGUGGCAUACCAGCAUCUCACAUCAACAGAAUCCCCCACCAGCCCACCUGCCGCACAUCCUCCUUGUCUCCGGUGAUAGAAUUUGUAUCCAAGUGCACCCUACUGUUGUUUUCAUCAACAAUGACAAUAACGAAAAUAUUUCGUCGACAAACAAUUUUUGUAUGACGACGGCUUAGGAGACUAGAACAUAACGAGACGAAUACCAGUUUUCGUCUGAUGAGAAAACGAGACGAAAAUGCGACAUUGUUUCUGUAAUACGUUCGCAAUUCGUGAAAUUUUCAUAUGGUACGUCAGCUAGCAUCGUGGCAGUGUUUGGGUCGUUUCACUCAUGUGAGAUGUGCUGUGCCUCUCCAUCCUCACCGGAGUUUAGGAUGUGUCUCAAGCUAGGCUGCGCUCCAUCUUGCUUGUUAGGAAACAUGGUAAGAUUUGUUUUCUUAUCUUGGCAAGAGAGAAUAUUGAAGGGAAAAGUAUCUUUUUUUCAUAUUUACCGAUCGACUGUAUGUAUUAGUCUAACACACUUCAUAUAAUCAAUCAAGGAAUAUCAUCUUUUCUCGUAUUUAUUGUUUGACUAUUUUUAUUACUCUAACACACCCAAGAUAAAAUAAAUAACACUUUUAAGGAAAACAAGCAGAAUAUACGGCAUAAGAGAUACAUGACGCCUUCUUAUCACGGAAGCCCAACGUGUGCGUCGUGCAACUAACUGAGCAAGAUUCACGCUGAUGAGGCAAGACAUCUACAACCCCACGUCUGCACCACCAACUCUCGCAAUCACUUCUUCCGGACAGUCCAGGGCAAAUGGCGGGACGUCCUGUCCCAACACAAGGAACACCGGAGAACGCCCAAUAUACAACUUAUAACAUGACUUAUAAGACUCCAGGAGCCCCUUUGACGCUGAGGAAGCAAAAUCCACAACCUUCGAUGCCCUGACAACAGUAACUCCCGACUCCUCCUGUCCAAUCCACAAACAGACAAUAAUCCUAAACAACGCCCAAGCACACCCUUCUUCUUCCCACAGCCCACGCCGCGAGAGCCUUCAAAAAGACUGGAUAUUUACAGUAUAUCACAAAAGUCAGUACACCCCUCGCAUUUCUGACACAAUUGACACAAUGAAAAGUAGUCUGUGUGCAGCUUAUAUAAUAGAGUUCAUUUAUUUUUCCCUCAAAAUAACUCAAAAUAUUUGCCUGGCACGGUCAGACUGUUCUCCCUGUGUUUUUCAAACACUGAGAGUAUAGUCUGGGACCGAGCCCAUUAACGGCCUCUCGAGCAAGCACAAAAUCAAUCAACAAAUCUGAUUCGUUUAUUUGCGUGACGUAUUCUUAACGAGCAACGUCACUCUUCCACGUCGGAAGUCGUCUCCACAACAACACAGAUGGCGAACGGGAGAGCCGAGAAUAUGUUCCAGUCCACGGUAAAAUCAGUUUGCCCUGUUGAAUAAACUCCGCUCUCCUCGUAUGUUUACUUCUGCGCGCAAGUCCCUCGUCCCGCCCGUCGCUGAUUGGUCCACUCCGCUGUCUGUUUGCUGUGGCUUGCUCCGCUCUGGAAAUUUUAUCCGCUUAAUGGUGGCCAGACUCAAUAGCUGGAACAGCAGUGAGUCUGGAGUACCAGGCUCUCAAAAUAUAGCUAUUAAUAUCUAAACCGCUGGCAACAAAAGUGAGUACACCGCUUUGAAAGAACAUACAUCGCUAAAUGUCCAAUUUGAAUAC